GUAGUUCCGAUUUCUGUAUUUUGUGGUAUAAUGCUAAUGAGACGGAGUUGGAUAUGUGUUAGACAGAUAUUUUGAAAGUUGAUCUACUCUUAAUUCAUGUUGCAUAAAACGAAUUGUUCGAAUUUAAAUUCAAUAGGUAUUUCAACUGUUCAGUGAAGAUGUUAGUACUUACGGCAAUUUAGGCUGCAUUUCCAUCAGAGUGGAACUUGAAUGAUUCAAGUUUUGUUUUGAUAGGUUAUAAACAAAAAAUAUACGUUACAAAUGUAUUCUGAUAGUCGAAAACGGGUAUGCCUGCCCAGAUCUAGCCUCACCAAUGUCUUCAAUUUUUCUCAAAAACUAUUACCUGGAAUAGGAAAAUCUACCAAAAGAGGGAUAAAAAAAUGCUGGAAGUGUGGUGUUUAUAAUGGAACUAGAAGCACAAUGUGCAAAAAUAAAAAAUGUGGAGUUAUAUUGAAAGAUUCCGAGGAAAAGUUGAAAGUCGAUUUAGAUGCUGUGAAAUUGAUUACUGGCGCGGAAAAGCAACUAUUUUCUGUUAGAGUUAGAGAUAUGGGGCCAGACUAUCGAGGAUUUGUUCAACUUCCCAUCUUUCAGUUAAAUUCUGAAGGAAGUAGUAAUGUUUGUUCAGAAGUAGCUCUAUGUUUUGUAGAUUCUUGCCAAAAUUCAUUUCACAAUUCAAUUUUGAGAUGUCACGAAGAGGACCAAAAUGCCACAAAUCUUAUUUGUGCCCACAUAAAAUCAGCUUUAGAGAGCCAAAGCACUGCAUCCCCAACAGAAUUGAAAGAUGAUGUAUUGCAUGCUUUGAAGGCUGGGAAUGAUGUAAAAGAGAAAUUAUAUUUAUUGGCAUCAGAAAAAGAAGGUUGUCUGGUCCAAAGAGUUUCAAAAUCUAUUAUGGCCGUCAAAUGCCAAGUUAGUCCCAAACAUCCUCUUGGCUAUUUGCAUUUUACAUUUUUUCGAGGAAAAGGAAGGGAUAUUUAUGAAAAGUAUUUUUGUAGCUGUGUAGAUUUCAAAGGUUCCGAACCCGUUAGUGAUAAAUAUGGAAAUGAUGGUCAUAAAUGUAUCCAUUAUUAUGCUUGCAUAUGGGCCUUAGGAAGUGAUCCGAAACAUUAUGGAGACUUUUCAUACUUCCGUAGAUGUGAGUUUUCCAACACAGAAAGUAAUUCUGUUAGUGAACUUAGUGAAGUUCCGGUGUCAUAUGAAUUGACAAAAUCAAAACCAUCUUUGCAAAAAGUCCCUGAAGUGAAAUUGAAAAGUAAAAAUCCAAAAAAAAAGUCCGAAGCGUUGAAGAGUAAUGAAUUUACAAGAAAGUGUCAAAGGAUAAUGCCAAAAGUUAUUCCAGUCGAAAUCAAGAUCCUGAGUGACCUGCCAAUAUGUAAUGACGCUGAUUCAUGGAGAUUCAUGGACUGGCUGUCAUAUGUAACAGAAUGUGUAAACCAAACUAUGAAGUUUGAAAAUUGUGGUUUGCUGAACACCCUUGGUUUCCAAAUUCCUGAGAACUUCUUUCAAUGCUUCAUGAAGAGAAUUCCCAAGGUCUAUAAUGUAUCAUUGAUUGGAGACUCUCUGAUAUACAAUGUGAUGAAUAUUUUGCACUUGAAAGAAAUUUUUGACACACCUCAGGUGAAGUUGAAAAUAUCCAAGAAAUUUGUGCACAUUGAGGGAGAAGGAUAUCUUGAGUACAAGGAUCAAGAUGAGACUGAACUGCAAAAUGGAGCCUCUCAGUGCAAGUUUAUAUUUUUUUUCAAUGUGGGGCAGUCUACUGUAGAUGAAAGCGAUAACACCAAUAAUUCUUUCUAUAUUGAGUGGACACCAUCUCUGAUGAAUUUUACGAAUAUUGGUCAUCUAAAAUUUCAGUACAAAUAUGGGCGGAAGAGCACAUAAAUCAUCAUUUGUGUUGGAAAAAGAACUGACUUGUUUGAGUAACAUGUAAUCUGAAGGAUAUGUGUGUCAAUAUGUUGUUGUGGACUUUUUCAAAUCUUGACCCCGACAGUAUUCAUAUAAUACAAGAAAAAUAGAUCACUAUUGUCUAAUAAGCACAACACUUCUUUAUAUCAAAAAGACUUCAUUUUUAGAGGAUGAAUAUUUUAUAAUAGAAUAUUUAUUAUAAAUGAAAAGAGCAAAAGUCUAGGCAGUAGGCAUGUUCAAAAAUAAUUUCAAGUCAUGUGUCUAGUGAAAACACUUUUUCUGUAACAGAACAAUAAUACUGUCUCUCAACAAUGUUACUGUAAUUUCGUGAAACUGUAUAAAUGAAUAAAUAAUUAGGCCAAAUA